AUGAGAUUUAAGGAGCGAAGAAGUUAUAACUCCAUUAAGAAACAAGAUGGAAGUGCAUCAGCUGACGAACAAGCAGAGGUGGAAUUUCCUAAUGCAUUUAAGAAAACGGGUUUCUUCCCGAACAGAUUUUUAACGUGGACGAAACUGGAUUGUAUUGGAAAAAAUACCGGACCAAGGAGAAGAAAACUAUUCCCCUCUACAAGGUCUCAAAUGAAUGGAGAUAAUUGUGCAGAAUAUUUUAAGUUUAAUUCAUUGCUUGUGUAUCAUGCACGCAACCCCCGUGCCCUGAAAACCAUACCCAAGACAUCUCGCCUUGUCAUAUUGAUGGCUAAUUCAAAAGCAUGGGUGUCUGUUGUUGUUUUUAAAGAUUGGUUCUUCAUUCAUUUUAUCCAAACAGCAGAGAAGUACUGUAAGGAGAAGGCGAUUCUUUUUAAGGUUUUACUUACCCUAGCUAUUGCUCCUGGCCACCCGCAAAACAUCGUAGAUUUUGACCUCAACGUUACCAUCGUAUAUCUCCCUCCGAACACCACGUUUCUUCUGCAGUCAAUGGGUCAGGGAAUAACUGCUAUCUUCAAGCGUUACUAUAUGAAGCGUUGCUUUUGGAAGAAAUGCGAAAUCAACAAGGCUGUACAGAACAUAGCGGUGGCAUGGAAUGAUGUACAGAGCACGGCUAUGAAUGGUGUAUGGAAGAAGUUAUGCCCACAAUUUAUGAAUGAUUUUAACGGGUUUUAUAAUGUUGCCAUCAACAAAACGUUGGUGACUACGAACAAAGGACUGGAAAUGGAUUUGGAAGAGGAGAAUUUCACAGAUUUAUUUCAAAAAUACAAGAAGCCCAUAACGAACGAACAUUUGAUAGAGCUUCACGAGCAGCAAAAUAAAGAAGGGGAAGUCGAACCUUAG